ACCACAUUAUGCCUUGAAGAAGUUUGACAUGAGCCGAACAACUGGUCAUGUCCAAUCUUCAAAUUAUCAGCCUACGGCUAGCUAUCGCAUAUCGUUCCUGCGUCUAUGAGCAGCGCAUCUUCAUGGGCUGUCUUCUAACUCACCUUGGACGGUUCCUGCAUUGGCUCUGGAUCCUAGCUUACAGACUGUGCUGCAGAACAGUAUGCGUGAUAUAUGACGGUAGACGCCAACUACAUCAGCGUUCAGUCACGUCUCUGUCGCCUCACGUCUCGAUGCCACUACAUAUCUUACUUCCUGUCCAUGUGACUAUCAUGUCUUUGCUUACCCUUAUAGUCUCGACAGGAUCCCAGGCUCGCUCUCAUCAAUUACGUACAUCAUCGUGACUGGGGUUAAAUCUCGCUCACCUUGAGUAAGAUUGCCUCUCUCACCUUGACUUGGACGAGCGCUCUCUCACUUCUUGCUACCUUAGCACUGUUAUAGCUGCCUUCGUCUACCUAUAUGUAGCACUCUUCCACCUGCCUUCCUUCCUUCUACAACUCCAAUCGAC